GGCGGCUGGGACGGGGCGCAGAGACAUGGCCCAGAAAUACGACGUGAUAGUGGUCGGGGGCGGCAUCUCAGGUUUGUCAGCCGCCAAAUUGCUGUCAGAGUCUGGGGUCAGCGUGGUGGUUCUUGAGGCCCGGAACAGAGUUGGGGGAAGGACAUACACUGUCAGGAACAAUAAGGUUAACUACGUGGAUGUUGGUGGAGCAUAUGUGGGACCUACCCAAAACCGGAUUCUCCGCUUGGCAAAAGAGCUGGGAAUUGAGAACUAUAAAGUGAAUGUGGAGGGGCAUAUGGUCCAUUAUAAGUCAGGGAAGUCACGCUAUAUAACAGGUAUUAGCCCUUCAACAUGGAAUCCCUUCAUUUAUCUGGAUUACAAUAACUUCUGGAGGACCAUGGACAGGAUGGGAAAAGAGAUUCCUCCUGAAGCACCAUGGAAUGCUCCUCAUGCUGAAGAAUGGGACAAAAUGACCAUGCAAGAGUUGAUAAAUAAGAUUUGCUGGAGCAAAGCUGUUAAAGAAUAUGCCACCUUAUUUGUGAAUAUCAACGUCACGUCUGAGCCUCAUGAAGUCUCCGCUCUCUGGUUCCUGUGGUACGUGAGGCUGUGUGGGGGCACAGACAGGAUUUUCUCUGUCACCAAUGGGGGCCAGGAGAGGAAGUUUAAAGGGGGUUCUGGUCAGAUAUCGGAGAAAAUAAUGGAACGCCUCAAAGACAGAGUUAAACUAGAGAGACCUGUGGUCUGUAUUGAUCAGACAGGUGAUAAUGUCAUUGUGGAGACUCUAAACCAUGAGAUAUAUGAGGGCAAAUACCUGAUCAGUGCUAUCCCCCCCAUCCUGACAACGAAGAUUCAUUACAAACCAGAACUGCCACCAAGGAGAAAUGAGUUAAUUCAGCGUUUGCCCAUGGGCUGUGUCAUAAAAUGCAUGGUGUACUACAAGGAAGCCUUCUGGGAGAGGAAGGGUUAUUGUGGUUGCUUUAUCAUUGAAGAUGAAGACUCUCCAAUUGGAAUAACCCUAGAUGACACAAAACCUGAUGGAUCUUUCCCUGCAAUUAUGGGUUUCAUCCUUGCCAGAAAGGCUGUAAGGCUGGCCCAUCUCAGUAAGGAAGAGAGGAAGAAGAAGAUCUGUGAGAGUUAUGCCAAGGCAAUGGGAAUGGAAGAGGCUUUACAUCCUGUACAUUAUGAAGAAAUGAACUGGAACAUGGAGCAAUAUUCAGGGGGUUGUUACACUGCCUACUACCCACCAGGCAUAAUGCAUUCUUAUGGAAGGACCAUUCGCCAGCCUGUUGGCAGAAUCUACUUUGCUGGCACGGAGACAGCUACCCAAUGGAGUGGAUACAUGGAGGGGGCUGUACAGGCAGGAGAGAGAGCAGCCAGAGAGGUAUUGCACCGUAUGGGGAAGAUCUCAGAGAAUGAAAUUUGGAUGCCAGAGCCAGAGUCAAAGGAUGUUCCAGCCAAACCAUUCACCACCAGCUUCUGGGAGAGGAACCUGCCAUCUGUGCCAGGGAUGCUGUGCCUGCUUAGCUGUACCAUGUGUUUCACCUCUGUGGCUGCUGUGGGGCUGUUUGCUUAUAAAAAGGGACUACCAAUUCGGAACUAAGUGAAGACCACGUGUCCAGCAGAAGCUGCAGCAUCUUCACUUUUACCAGAGGAGUGUUAUUUUUGGACAGAAGCAUGGACAGCUGGAAAGGGCAAAAGCUGUUCUUGUGAUUUUUCUUCUUAGCACUAUAAUUAAUUCAUCAAAGCACCCGCAGUUGCUACCAGCUAAACAGAAAUAAAUCAACUGUGGGGGGUGUUUUUUUCCAAUUUGCCUUUUCCUUGUCCAUUUGUUUUGAUUGGACCUGCUGAUAUCAAUGGUAUAUUCCUCAGACAGCCAAGGCAAAAAUGCAAAUCACACCUUUCCCAAAAGGCAAAGAGGUCUGGGAGAAUUCCUUCGUUUCAACUUGCCACUUUAUUUUUGCACCGCACAAGGUAAUAAAUGCCCUUCUGUAUUCACCUCAGUUAGCAGCUCAGACUGUCUGAAGUUAUUCCCAUAGCAUCCCCACUGCACAGAAAAGAUUAGCAUGCCAAUCAGACGUGGAAUUGCCAAAUUAAUUUCCAAAUGCAUUUGAUUAAUUAUUAAUCAUCGCAACGUGAAACUUGACUGUGAGCUGGAUGAAAAGAGCUAAUUAGCAUGAAGCAGCUCAGUAAAUGGUGAGAGAGGAAGCGUGAGUGGACUUUAUCCUGCCUGCUACCGAGCCAACAUCUGUGCUUUUCUGUUCUGCCCAGUGCCUGUGUCAGUGUGGCACGGCCGUGGCAUGGGGCUGUAGUUUUAGGGUGCAGACAGCUGCUCUACCCCUCCCCAAAGGGGCAAAAGAAAACACCCCCCACAGGGCUGGAAAGAAUUGGAAAUUUAAAUGGGAGUACUAUUCACAACUGUAUACAACAAUACAAAAAACAUACAAAAGUACCCAACAAUUCAUAUUCAGCCCAGCUCUCCAGCCUGGGCUUCUUCAAAACCUCACUACACCAUCACCUUCCAAAACCUCCCCUGCAACCAGCCCUCAAUUCCCCAGGUCUCAAAGCCCUCCCUUCCCCAUACCUCCCUACCCAAGCCCGAAUGGCACAGUAAAAUUUAGCUCUGCCAAGGCCAAAGCCAGGCCACAAACCACCCCCACAAGAGAUAAGGUUUGUCUGGGAGAAGAGAGAGAAACUGACUCUACAGCCAGUUCGUAUAGGGAAGGGAGAUGCAGGCUGAUGGGAAUGAAAUAACAAAAAAUUACACUUUCUGGUUCACCUCCUUGCACCUUUCUGGUACUUGGAGGACUUUCAACUCCAUGGAAAGGACAUCCAAAUUCUUAAACCCAAUACACAUGGCUCUCAGUUACUCCACAGCCCAAGAGCAUCUGAUCCAGCCCAGGCACUUGCUGUUAGAGUGAAGUAAAAUCAAUUUGUAAAGUUAAAGCCCCUCUGGCCUGCAGCAGGUGCUAGCUGUUAUUUUCUGAAGAGCAGCAACUUCCUGGCUCCCUGUCAAUUUGCUGCCCCUUGUUUUGCUCAUAAUCCUUACCCCCUUCCUUCAAAAAGGAGAAGUACAUUUAGGGCUUGAAUUACUGCCUUGUAAAUUACAGUAAUUGGCUGCAUCUGCCUGUUCCACUCUUACUAUGUACAUGACAGACUUAAUCACUUUAAUGUUUAACUGACAAUGUACCAUCAUUAUGCAGUCUUCUUUUUUGCCACGAAACGCGAGAAUUGUCUGUAUCCAUGAACUCAGCUGUCAUUCAACGUGGGUGAAAUGUGCCUUUCAAUAAUUCUGAAACCUUAAUAAG